AUGAUAACGACCACAAGAUGGCGGUUUACAGUAGUGAUCGUGCUUGUGGUGCUGUUGGGUGUUAAUUUAAUUUUCUACCACGAUGAGUUGAAACAGCACAUCAGUGUCUGGAAGUUAAAUGAGCCCGGCAGCAUUACUACCAUAAACCCAUUCUGGAUAACAUUUCAUGUACCAGGACAUUUAGGAGAACCAGUACAAUGGGAUCCUUCUGACAAAGAGAUAGUCGCAUUUGUACAAAACAGCAUCAACCAAUAUGGUUUCAAUGCAUAUGCAUCGGCUCUCAUGUCAACGAGGCGAUCUUUGCCCGAUUUGCGACAUUUUGAAUGUGUCACCAGUCAACGAAAGAACCUUAAGCUGCCUAAGACAUCUGUAGUAAUCGUGUUCUACAACGAACCAUGGUCCGUUCUUUUGAGAACUGUUCAUUCUGUGCUGGACAACUCUCCUGCACAUCUCAUCGAUGAGGUGCUGCUCGUUGAUGAUGGUUCUUAUCUACCUUUCUUGAAGGCUCAACUGGAAGAGUAUUUCAGAAAGUACGAAAAGGUCCGCAUAGUUCGUGCUCCUGAGCGGCUGGGAUUAAUAAGGGCCAGAAUCUUUGGAAGUAAGAACACUACUUCCACGAUCCUUACAUUUUUGGACGCGCACGUUGAGUGUACUAAAGGAUGGUUGGAACCUUUACUGGAGCCAAUUUUGGAAAACGAACGAACCAUAUCUGUCCCGCUAAUAGACCGCAUCGAUGACACCAACAUGCAUCUAAUCACCAAUGUGUCCGCCGAUUUGUUUGGCGCUUUUGAGUGGGAUCUUAACUUUGGCUGGUGGCAUCGUUCGAUAUUUCCGCAUCGAAACACUCACCGACCUAGUGAACCCUUCGAAGUCCCAGCAAUGGCGGGAGGACUCUUUACAAUUGCUAGACACUUUUUUCAACGCCUUGGCUGGUACGAUGAUCAGUUUCGACUGUAUGGAAUGGAAAAUGCGGAACUGUCCAUCAAAUGUUGGAUGUGCGGAGGAAGAAUACUAACAGUGCCUUGUUCUCAUGUGGCACACAUCCGCAAGAGUGCGCAUCCAUUUAUAGACGACGGACAUCAGAAUAUAACCUUCGUGAACUCUAUUCGCGUGGCAGAGGUUUGGAUGGACGAGUACAAACAGGUUGUAUUUGACGUAAAUGGCAUUCCGGGAUAUGUAGACAAUUUGUUUGGAUCCGUCACCGAUCGAAAGACAUUACGAGCAGGUAUUGGUUGUAAAACUUUUCGCUUCUAUCUGGAGCGAGCCUAUCCCGAAAUGCCUGCCCCUACCGUGGUGGGACAAUUUCGUGGUGAAGUACAUAAUGCCGCGUUUGGGAACGAAAGGUGUUUGACGAUAGGCACAUCACCAUCACCCAUACUUCACAUGGCUCUUUGUAAUAAGCAUAACCAAACACAAUAUUGGACGCAUAAUUUUUACCGGGAAAUCAAUAGCUACAAGCGUUGUAUAGACGCAGGUCCUUCUGGAACAACCCCUAGACUAGCUGCCUGUCAUCGAAUGCGUGGCUCUCAAUCCUGGAGCUACGAUAUGGACCGUCGACAGAUUAAAAGUCUCGUGCGGGAAUUGUGUCUCGCUAUGGAUACCACAACACAAAGCGGUGUCGUGACGCUCGAACGAUGCGAUGAACGUAAACAGACCCAACAGUGGCAUGUGACGUUAGUAGAGUACAAUUUUUGGAAACCGCUUCAAUAA